AUGCCUCAGCUCGCGCGUUCUGCCGGCUACCCGAAGAACCUCGUGAUCUUGUGCAUCCGCUGCUACACCUUUCUAGUAGUGAACUACAUCUGCCAAGGCCUCAUCCUGUACAUGAUUGCCAAGGAAGAGCUCGUGUGGGAUGCCUUCGCAGGGCAGAUGUUUUUAUGCGAUUUUGGACGAAGUGCUGGUGACUGCGUCGACGAUCCCACUGGGCCAAACUGUGUGGGCCCAGGUGGGACGACCUACGCCCCUGCACGUAUCUACAGCUGGAGCGUCUGGUCGACACGCAUCUAUGUGCGGGAUGCACUCAAAGCAGUGUUUCCCGAGAAGGCGGCCGAGAUUCAAGAGCUUGUGGACCCCGGCGAGUACGGCAUCGAGAGCUACUCGUGCCGGUGGCUUUGCUGCGCCCUUUUCACCGCGACGCUCCUGGGAGACCUUGUGGGAAGCCGGGGCCUCUGGUUCAUCAACGUCUUCUUGGUGGUUCUUCCGAAGCUGCUUCUUUGGAGCCUAACCGCCCAAGCCGGUAUUACCUUCCUCAUGGAGACCUCCACUAUUGACGAUCUGGUUGUCAACUCUGUAGCUCUGGCGUUCAUCCUUCAAAUCGAUGAGCUUCUCUGCAGUGAGCUGAUGACCGAGACCAACAAGGCCAUUGUCGACAUGCUCGAAGACUACGAGCUGCAAGGCUAUGAGGAGGCCAACACGGUUGAACAGAUGAAGGACAGUGAGCUCUUGGAGGAGUACGAAGAGAAGCUGAAGCGGGAUUGGUCAUGGAUGGAGCUUGCGAACUUCAUCCCCUUCAAGCUUCUGUUGGUGAUAGCGUUCACCGUCCUUUUCGUCGAGCUGUACUACUGGAGGAACUGUGUCCGUGGUCCAGACGGUGGUAUGGUUUCCAAGCACAUGCACUAUCCGCAGAGCACCCGUUUCAGUUGCUUAGCUCAAAAGAGUCUCGUUGCAGGUUCAGGCUUUCACCACCAUACCUGA